CGGGGCGGGCGGAACUAGCCGCGGCGAAGGGACGGCGCUGCGCGGAGCCCAGCGCCUCGGCGGCGGGGGCAGCGGCAGCGCCCCAAAAUGCCGCCCACCCUCUUCCAGAAGCUCUUCAACAAGAAGCACGGCCUGAUCUCCCCGGCCAGGGACGCCCGCGACGACUGUGUCUUCAGCUGGCCUUUGCCGGAGUUUGACCCAAGUCAGAUCCGACUGAUCGUGUAUCAGGACUGUGAGAGAAGGGGACGGAAUGUCUUAUUUGAUUCCAGUGCUAAAAGAAAAAUAGAGGAUGUUUCAGUGUCGAAACUCUGCAGUGAUGCUCAGGUGAGAGUUUUUGGGAAGUGUUGCCAGCUAAAGCCUGGAGGAGACAGCUCUUCUUCCUUGGAUAGCUCAAUCAAUUCAUCCUCCUCGUUCUCUGAUCCAAAAGAGCAAUGCCCAAAAUACCAGGGUUCUCGGUGCUCCUCAGAUGCCAACAUGCUUGGAGAGAUGAUGUUUGGCUCUGUGGCCAUGAGCUACAAGGGCUCCACAUUGAAGAUUCAUCAGAUCCGCUCCCCUCCCCAGCUCAUGCUCAGCAAGGUGUUCACAGCGCGCACGGGCAGCAGCAUCUACGGCAGCCUGAACACGUUGCAGGACAGUCUUGAGUUCAUUAAUCAAGACAGCAAUACAUUAAAGCCUGACCACAGUACAAUUAUGAAUGGACUUCUUGGGAAUAUAGGUCUUUCCCAGCUUUGCAGCCCCAGGCGGGCAUUCUCAGAGCAAGGUCCGCUCCGCCUCAUCCGGAGCGCCUCUUUCUUUGCAGUUCACAGCAACCCCAUGGAUAUGCCUGGGAGGGAGCAGAACGAGGACAGAGACAGCGGUAUAGCAAGAUCUGCAUCUCUCAGCAGCCUGCUCAUCACCCCGUUUCCAUCCCCGGGCUCCUCGUUCAACAAGAGCUGUGCCAGCAGCUACCAGCGGCGCUGGCGGCGCAGCCAGACCACCAGCCUGGAGAACGGCGUCUUCCCCCGAUGGUCCAUGGAUGAAAGCUUCAACUUGUCAGAUGACAGCUCUGGUCCAAACCCAGGAAUUGUUAGGAAGAAGAAGAUAGCAAUUGGGGUUAUUUUUUCACUCUCAAAAGAUGAAGAUGAAAACAACAAAUUUAACGAGUUCUUUUUUUCACACUUCCCUCUUUUUGAGAGUCACAUGAACAAACUGAAGAGUGCAAUAGAACAGGCCAUGAAAAUGAGUCGGAGAUCAGCUGAUGCCAGCCAGCGGAGUUUGGCAUAUAACAGAAUUGUGGAUGCCCUCAAUGAGUUCAGAGCAGGGCAGCUCUUGACUUGUGCCAGGGAAUGUUGCUGUGUUUGGGAUCAGGGCAGGUGGAUGCAGGAGGAACCUGUGAGGUUCAGCUCUCUGAGAACAACUAUUUGCAAUCUCUACACGAUGCCACGGAUUGGGGAGCCUGUCUGGCUCACCAUGAUGUCAGGGACACCAGAGAAGAACCAGCUGUGCCAUCGCUUCAUGAAGGAGUUCACUUUCUUGAUGGAAAAUGCUUCUAAAAAUCAAUUUUUACCAGCUUUGCUGACUGCAGUGCUGACCAACCACCUGGCCUGGGUCCCCACUGUCAUGCCCAAUGGCCAGCCCCCAAUAAGGAUCUUCCUGGAGAAGCAUUCUUCCCAGAGUGUGGACAUGCUGGCCAAAACUCAUCCCUACAACCCACUGUGGGCUCAGCUUGGUGACCUGUAUGGGGCCAUAGGAUCACCUGUGAGAUUAGCAAAAACUGUCGUGGUUGGCAAAAGACAUGACCUGGUCCAGAGGUUGCUUUAUUUCCUCACUUACUUCAUCAGAUGCUCUGAACUUCAAGAGACACACCUGCUGGAAAAUGGGGAAGAUGAGGCCAUUGUCAUGCCUGGCACUGUGAUCACUACCACGCUGGAGAAGGGAGAAGUGGAAGAGUCUGAGUAUGUGCUUGUCACGAUGCACAAGAACAGGGGCAACUUGCUCCCCACUGAGUCUGAAGAGCUGAGAGCUCCCAACUGCAGCUGUAAAUACUGCAAAUGUCCCAUUUCCCUCGCACAGAACAUAGAAGGUGUUGCACAGCAAGAGAGAGAAGACAUGCAAAGCACUCCGAAGGUAGAGCUGGAAUCUUCUUCAGAUGAGAACAGAACCAUUGUUCCUGAGGAUUGCCAGGAAGAUGCCGUGGAUGGGACACAGCCAAGGCCCUGCCUGGAUACCAAACUAGAGACUGUGGUGUGCACAGGGUCAGCUUCACCCGAGAAAUGCGUGGGGACAGAAUCUUGUUUGGAGCCAGCAGGCAGCGCGUGGAGGAGCGAGGAUGCUCUGGAGGCGGGCAGCCAGGCAGGAGGGGGCACAAGGACACCUGGCAUUGCUGUGGAGAAGAAGCCACCUGAUAAGCUCUUCAUGGACACGUUCCCCUGCAGCGCUGCCGAGGCUCAGACAAAGGUGACUUUCCUCAUCGGAGAUUCCAUGUCACCUGACUCAGACAUUGAACUGAGAAGUCAGGCAGUAGUGGAACAAAUUGCCAGGCAUCACAGCCCGCCAGCAGCGGAGGCAGGAGUGUCUGCUGAUCAGAACUGUGAAGCUAAACAAACUGUUGAGGACCAAAAUAGAGACUGUGGGACAGCUGAACCCUUUCCUCAAGUUGCUACUGAGCAUCAGAGCUGGAACUCAAACCCAUACAGUGCUGAGAGCAUGAGUCUGUUUGGUGAAUAUUUCACUGAUGACAGUUCAGUUGAAACCCAGACUACUGAUGAUAUUCCAGGGCAAGCAGCUGCAAACCUUCUUGCUCACAACAGUAGUUUAGAAUUUUCUAAAAAGCUCUGUACAAAGGCUUGCAAACCACCUAGUGAAUUUUGUAAAUUUAUGGACUCUGUUCGACAAGAGACCUACAAAAACUGCUUUAAUGAGCAGGACCAAAGAGAGAAAAUCUCUAUUCGUGUCCCCCAUGGGGACAGGGAAAACGUAGAGAAAAAAGUGGCCCCGGGAAUUGAUUGGGACAUUCCAAGAAAUGAGAGUUCAGACAGUGCCCUGGGUGACAGCGAGAGUGAGGAUACAGGCCAUGAUCUAACUAGACUGGGCAGUAACUAUUAUGGAGGAGAGCAAGAAGACUGGGCAGAGGAAUAUGAGAUUCCCUUCCCUGGGUCAAAAUUAGUUGAAGUCAACUCUGUCCAGCCCAGUAUUGCCAAUUUUGGAAGAUCCUUACUAGGAGGCUACUGUUCCUCUUACGUCCCUGACUUUGUUUUGCAAGGAAUAGGAAGUGAUGAAAAGCUGAGGCACUGUUUGGUGUCAGAUUUGUCUCAUGCUGUGCAGCAUCCUGUUCUGGACGAGCCCAUUGCAGAAGCUGUCUGCAUUAUUGCAGACACGGACAAGUGGACGGUGCAAGUGGCCAGUAGCCAGAGGCGAAUGAUUGAGAAUAAACUAGGAAAAGAAGUGUUAGUCUCCAGUCUCGUCUCCAACCUGCUUCAUUCCACUCUUCAGCUUUACAAGCAUAAUUUAUCUCCAAACUUUUGUGUGAUGCACCUGGAAGAUCGGCUGCAGGAGCUCUACUUCAAAAGCAAGAUGCUGUCUGAGUAUCUGAAGGGCCAGAUGAGAGUCCAUGUCAAGGAGCUGGGCGUGGUGCUGGGGAUUGAAUCCAGCGACCUCCCCUUGCUGGCAGCUGUAGCAAGCACUCACUCUCCGUACGUUGCCCAGAUCCUCCUUUAAAAUGCCAGAGGCCACAGACUUUGACUUUUUGCUUCUCUGGAAACAAAGUGGAAGACAACUUGUUCUGGCUCCUUUCUCUUUGCAGCAAGUAAAACAAACUGCUUGUUGAGCUUGCAGCACCUCCAUAUAUGACUGCAUGGUGUGCAAACAGUUGGAGACUUCUCUCCCACUUAGCAAUUUAUAAAAAAGGAUAAAGAAAGGAGAAAGGAAAACUGAGUAAGCCCAAGAUUUCCACCACAGAAAAGCGGAGAUUUUAGCAAAGCUGAAGACAUGCAUUUUUUUAGCAGUUUCUGCCACAGUGGCUGACUGUGACUUAUACUGGGGAAUGGAGGAAGAACUGCUCUGAGAAAUACAUGAUACCAUCACCCCUUAUAAACUGAACUGAGAGCAGCUGCCUUCAGCCAGGCUGCAGCUGAUGAGGAUCACAUUAGGAUCUGUAAUUCUCAAGCUGCAAUGAUUUGUAAACAACUUCUACUUUUUCACAUCAUAGUCCAAUUCUGAAUACUUCCCAGAGGAAUAACAGGGCAGAGGCCUGGGGUUUUUUUGUAAGAAACUUAUUAAUGACAGUCAGCUACAGAAUUUAUUUAUGAUCUUUCUCCUGGGAAGAGGAAAUAGUGGGGGACAGAGGGCGACAGGGAGAACAGAGGAAGAGGCCAACAGACAAACUAGCGAUGGAGAUUCUUGGCUGGAUGCUGUAACCAGUAUUAAAUGUUUAUAAUGUUUAAAUGUUGCUUUAUACUAAAUGAUGCUUUUCUUCGUCAACGUAAUCAAAAUGUUAAAAACAAAAAUAAUCUAAAGAGAACGUUGGCUGAAAUUUCCCCAUGGGUUCCCCAGAAUGACAUGACAAUUACCUCUAACUUUUUUAUGAUAUAUAAAAUCUUGGACCAUCAUAUUCUUUUUACAGCAGUCAGUCAGCUAUUGAAAUAAUGAACAAGAAAUAAUUGUACCAAAGCAUUGGGGAAAGAAUGAGUAGACUAUUACCCUUAAUUGCUCAGGUAACAAAUUGAUACAUUUUUUAAAACAAAGCAAAAAAAAGAAAAUUGAUUACACCAUAGUGUAAUAAUAUCCAAAUUAUUUUUUGACAAAUAUACCCUUGCUGCAGAUAACUCUAAUCCCUUUUCUACUCACUUGUGUAAUUACCAGCAGGAAAUGUUGUUCAUUUUAUUCUCAGCAUUUCUCUUUUACUCAGCCAUCACUGGUUUGUCAUUGUAUAUACAAUAGCUGUACGAGUAGCUGAUGGACCCAACCUGGUGUAAGUAAUGUAAAUAGACAGUGGGAGGUGGAUUAUGUGUUCGAAGGCUCUACUACCUCAGUUUAACUGGACACUUCAUUCUAGGCUUUGCUUUCCAUAUUUGUCCUAGCAGCCAAUUAAUGUUGCUGAUUUUUAGCUUCUGUUUUCAUCUGUUAGGUUUAGCAUAUUGAAAUUCAUGGAUUAUCCACACAAGUAGGAGACAUGUAUUCACUUGGUCGCUAAACUCUAUAAAAUUUCUAUAAAUACAUCAUUCUGUAAUCAUCUUUUCAAUAGUACAGCACGCCUGCUAUUGUUGUUUGCAGAGUUACUUUAAGUACAAAUCUAUUUUAACCAUUUGAUAAACUUGAAAACAAUAGGAGAGAUCCCUGCCCCACCUCUGUCAGUGACAGAACUCUCCUCCUUUCCUUCUCUGGGGCCAGGAUUCACCUGGAGUAGUUUUUCAGUACUACUUAAAAUCUGUCACCUAAAACUCUGUUCCAGGGAGAUCUACGUGGCAAACCCACUCCUCCCUUCCAUGUAGGACUGAGUCUACAUCAGGAAGUGACCCCAACAUUCACACAGGCAGUGUCAUUGGAAACUCUUUUGUAUAUAAAAUCUAAUGCUGACUGCUGCAGGGGAAAACCUCGUGUUUAAUAUGUGAUCCAAGGAUUUGUUUCUCCCAUUUUUCAAAUGUCCUUUCCUUGCCACACAAUUAUAUUACAUCUGGCUUUUGGAAUGAGCACAAAACAGGGGCCCAGUUGUGUAAACACUUUUCAAAUGAAAUAUAGGAUUGCACUCAGAACAUGGAUGUUUAACUCUUUGCUAGGAUAUGUGGUACAGGCAGUAGUUGGAUACCAUGUUGUGCACAGACUGGCACAGUGACCUGGCAGUGUCUGUGCUGCUGGGGCUGCCAGAGGAGGGUUCCUGCCUGUGCCUUGGGAGGUUCUGUGGGUGAGUUCAUCCACAGCAUGUGUCCAGAGAGCUGGGCAGCUGCCCCCUCACCCUGGCAUCCCCCAGCACUGUGCUCACAGUGAUCCUUACAGGAGAAUCCUGGUCCUCCUUUGAGCCUUUAUUGUGCAAAUUGUUGGGGUCACUUUGAAAUGGGUUUGACUCUCCAGAAAGGCCCUUGCACGGCCUGCAGUGAUGGCUGCCCUGAGAGGAGAAGGAGGUGGCUGUUGAGUGGCACCUCCUCUGCUGCCCUCUGCACCAGCCAGUAAUGGCAUUACUGGUGUGCUCAGUCAGCCCCAGACAGAGCAGCCAUGGAUGCAGCUUCCUCAUCAUCCUCCCACAGUCCCUCCUGGCAUGGCAGCAGCCUCCCCACCUCUCAGCAGUGUUGUGGGCAGAACACAACCAAACCCUUGUGUGAUGGGAAGUUUUCCUGUGAGUGAACUUUUUGGGUACGUGAACAAUGUGGUACGUAUGUCUGUUUGUUAAAUAUGAAAAGGGAUUUUUACAGGAUAUAGAAUUGACUUUUUAAAAUAUAUCACUAUUCUUUUAUGUGAAUAGAAAACUAAUGUUUGAUUUAUUUUUUCCACUAUUCCCAAUCUCCAUUAUUAACAUGUCUUAAUUUUCUGGCUGAAACCUAAUUAUACUAGGCACACAAAUUAGCAAAUUUGAUUUUGUUGCAAUUGGCAAACACUGGGCUGCUAAGAACAAAAAACUGUUUAAAAGGACAGAUUUUACACCUUGCAUAUGUUUUCCCUAUUAGUUCUUAGAGAUGUUUUAUGACAAUUUUUUGCUUUCUCUAAAUUAUUUAGAUGGUGGUACUUGUAAAAUGCUGGGUAAAAUGUACAUACUUGUUAUCUCUUCUGUUUUUGUAUAUAUUUCCCAAGAUGUGCACUUGUAUUAUAAUAACCAUUCCCAAUUUUAGGGGAAAUUUGUGCAAUAAAUACAGUAUGUCAGUUUA